CCCUUGCCCCUCCUCCCCCUUCCCCGAUCGCCCAGCCUAUGGUUAUUUCCGUCACCCCUUGGCCCGGCGCCGCGCUGCCGGUCUGCGCAUCACAUCUCGCUCGCACUGCACAGUAGCCGGCCGACCCCCCUCCCCGGGCUGGCAGGUGCGGCUCGCGUCGGCGUCCCGGCGCCCGCACCGCAGUGGCACGCACCGGCAGCGGCACGGCGGCCACGGCGGAGCUCAGGACCAUGGCCGCGCUGCCCGUCGUGCGCGCCCAGGGCGGAGGCUCCGCCGUCGUGGAGCUGGAGGUGAGCGACUGGUCGGACCUGGACCCGAACUUCACGCAGGUCUGCAACAACGCGACGCUCCAGUCGGACCGGCGGGGCUUCUUCCUCGACCUCGCCGAGGAGGUGGCGGACGAGGCCGGCCUCGGCUUCGUCGAGGAGUUCGCCAAGCUCAAGGAGGACGGCGCGCGCAUCGCCGCCUGCUACUCGCACCCCAAGGUGCGCGGCCGGGUGCGUGGGAUGCUGGGCAACGUGCAGCCCGUGUACCGCUCCAAGGCGGGCGACGUGUCGGCGCAGCGCCGCCUGGAGGGCGAGCGCGUCCUGCGCGGCGGCAACGCGCGCACCGCCCUCACCGCCCUCAGCCAGGCCGUCAUGCGCGCGCCCACGGCGCCCACCAAGGAGCCGCUGCUCGCCCUCGCGCUGUGGGCGCGCUCCGAGGCGCUGCUGCAGCUGCGCUACUUCCAGCUCAGCCUGGACGACGUGCAGCUGAGCAUGAAGAGCGGGCUGUCGGAGGAGAAGAGGCUGGACGCGUUCUACCGCAUGGGACUUUGCCAGCAUGGCCUGGGGGAGGUCAAGAGGGCGGCCGCCUCGCUGCAGGUCGCGGCGCGGUUGCUGGAGAAGGUCGCGAGCGCCAGCGAGAGGACCGCCUGGACGGCCACACUCCAGCAGGCAGUGGGCGCCCUCCGGGUGCCAAGGGAGGGCAAGCCAGCGGGGGUCCAAGUGCCAGGCCCAGCACCGCCCCUCGCCGGCGGCCAGCACCCGGAGAUGCCGGCGGCCUCCACCCUCCUCAAGGUCGCUCGCUCCAAGGCGGCCGGCAGGCAGAUGGUCGCGGCGCACCCCAUCAAGACCGGCGCCACCCUGGUCGUGGAGGCGCCCGCGGCCGCCUGCCUCCUACCCGACAAGUUCGGCACGCACUGCCUGCACUGCUUCGGCCGGCUGGUGGCGCCCGUGCCGUGCGAGACAUGCAGCGGCGUGGCCUUCUGCGGGCGGGCGUGCCGCGACGCCGCGGAGCCGUACCACCGGCACGAGUGCCGCCACCUGGGCCUGCUGCUGGGCUCGGGCAUGAGCGUGCUCUGCCACCUGGCCCUGCGCGCCGUCACCCAGCGCGGCCUCGCCUCCCUCCAAGGCCUGCGCGCCCACCUGAGCCGGCCGGCAGGGGCCAAGGCCGACGACGAGGCCGCGCUCACGGACGACCAGCAGCGCUUCCUCAGGGUGUGCACUCUGGAGGCGCACGAGGAGAGGCGUUCGGGCAGGGACUUCUUUCACCGCAGCAUCAUGACCCUGUUCCUGCUGAGGAUACUACAGGACAGCGGCUUCUUCCCCGAAGCUUCCUCUCUGGAAGGUGAACUGAAUGCGGACGAGCUUCUCGUUGGUUCGAUCCUCCUGCGACUCCUGCAGAUCCUGCAGUUCAACGCGCACGAGGUGUACGAGACCGUCAUCCUGCCGCGGCCCGCCGCCAAAAUCCAGGAGGAGGGCGCGAGAAGCAAGUUCCGGUCCGCGAGGGUCGUGUACAUCGGCGUCGCGGUCUACCCGACCGUCGCCCUGUUCAACCACGACUGCUACCCGGCCGUGACCAGGCACUUCCGAGGCAAGGACAUCGUCAUGACAGCGACCCGGCCUCUGGCCCAGGGCGACGUGGUGGCCGAGAACUACGGGCCCAUCUUCACCAAGCGCACGCUGCAGCAGCGACAGCGGACCCUGAACUCCCGCUACUGGUUCCACUGCACCUGCACGGCCUGCGCCGAGGAUUGGCCCCUCAUGGAGGAGCUCAAAGAGGACGACUUUAAAUUCAG